AUGGCAGAACCCCUGUAUCAUGAUGCGCUGGCCGACGAGUUGGUCGUCCAGGAAGUCAUUCUCGACUCCCUCCAGGGCGAACACUUCGAUGGGGCCGAACAGGAGCGCCAGGAGGCGAGGCGCGAGAUUGCCAGGUUGAGGGCCCUUCUCAGUCAGCCGCCGGGACCUGCUCAAACCCCCAACAGGGACUCGAGCUGCGAUGGAGACGGCCGUGACGAUGCCCAAGCCCAGAGCCGCCAUUCUCUGCCCACCUCGACAACCCCAACAGCUGCCCCUCCAGCGCGACUAUCCGCCAGCGUGGAACCAGCCAGUUCGCGCCGUAGCUCGGCGGCAUUUUCGACUCCUCGCACGCUCAGGAUGGACAAUGACAUCUGGAGAAGCCCAGGUGCCCGCUCUCUGCCGAGUCGCAAGCGUGAGUGUGAAUCGCCGCUCCUGGGCAUCGCUAGAGGAACGGCCAAGGCUCGACGCAUCACCCCGACGCCUCAAAGUAAUGGAUUCGCCACACCGCAAGACAGCGCCAGCAGUGUCAUAGACAUUAUCGACCUUACUGGGGAUGACGUCGAUUACGAUGCGACAUGCAUCGCUCAACAUAUCAAAGAAGAGAAGAGACACGAGCAGGAGAUGAGAGACAGGAGUCUGGCUCAGCAGCUUUCGAGCCAAGGAGAUCCUGCUCCAGUCGUCCCGUCUACUCCGGCUCCAGGUUCGGGCCACUCAGACGCCUUUUCAAAGAUAAUGGCUUCGCAAAUGCCCAACUCGCACGGGCAAUUCGUUAAGCGCGAAGACCCAGCUUCUCGCCCGCCACAGACACUACCCAUGCCUGGCGCAUAUGAUGCCCGCUGGGAUGAGCCUUACGGGCCCAAUUCGUACAACUCUAUGCCAUCGACGGCUUUUGGUGGCCCGGGUCAGAGCCCUUUUACGACGACUCCACAGGCAUUUCCUCACAAGCCACUGCCGUCCAGUACAAGCUUCAGCCCAGGUGCUCUGAAUCAGUCACCUGGUGUCAACGGGCUUCCUUUUUCGUACGGGAGCCCCUUUGCGCAUCCCUAUCAAGCAGGACGGCCGGGAGCAGUCGGUUUCGCACCGGCUUCGAGCAUGUAUGGCCCCCCCAGGACUCCAGCCUUGCCGAGCUCCGGCAGCGUGAGCCUGCUUGAUGCCAUUGACAAACCCAGCAUGCUCGACUAUGCCAACCAGCUCGACGCUGAAGGAAAUCCCUUUGCCGACAGGUUAUCCAGCUUUCUUGACCACGCGUACCAUGAUCCCAAUUCACUCUACCACCACCAGGAACUCGCCUUGUCUUGGAUGAAGAAAAUGGAGGAGGGUACCAACAAAGGCGGCAUCUUGGCCGACGACAUGGGUCUCGGCAAGACGAUAUCCACCCUGGCUCUCAUGUUGGCAAGACCUGCCGUAGGGCGACCCAAGACGAACUUGAUUAUCGGGCCGCUCUCGCUAGUACGCCAGUGGGAGGAAGAGAUUUCGAAGAAGACUAAGCUCUCGCAUCGCAUGUCCGUCUUCGUAUAUCACAACACCAAGGCGAUGACGGAUGACUUGCUCAGAUACGACGUUGUCCUAACGACGUACGGCACAAUCGCUCAAGAACUAAAGCGGCUGGAGAAGUUCAUGGAGGACAACGCCGAUCGGAACAUUGACUUAAACGACAGGGCCAACGCUCUCAAAUUUCCCUUGCUGCACCCGACCAAAGCUGUCUUUCAUAGAGUCGUGCUCGACGAGGCACAGUGCAUUAAGAACAGGAAGACCAAGACGGCGAAAGCCUGCCACGCGCUCAAAUCCACAUAUCGGUGGUGCCUCACUGGUACCCCGAUGAUGAAUGGGGUCCUCGAACUCUUCUCUCUUGUUCAGUUCCUCCACAUCAAGCCUUACUGCGUGUGGGAGAAUUUUCGACAGGCGUUUGGCAUCCUUUGCGGUCUCAAGGGCGAUGCAAAGAGCGUCGCCAUGAGCAGGCUUCGAGCUCUUCUCAAGGCUAUCAUGCUGCGAAGAAAGAAGGACUCGCAGCUGAAUGGGAAACCCAUUCUCAAUCUUCCUUCGAAAGACGAAAGCAUAGUGUAUGCUAAGCUUUCUCCCGACGAGAGGGGAUUCUACAAGCAGCUUGAGCAGAAGUCCCAGGUUCUAUUCAGCAAGUACCUACGCGAAGGCUCUAUCGGCAAGAAUUAUUCCAACAUUCUCGUUCUCCUCCUCCGCAUGCGGCAGGCUUGCUGUCAUCCGCACCUCAACCUGGACGUGGACGAUGCCACCCAGUUUGGCAAAGAGAAAGUGGACGAGAAAAUGGUGCAACCGAUCAAGAGGCUCAGCAAGGCCACUGUGGAAAGGAUCAAGGCGAUUGAGGCUUUUGAAUGCCCGAUAUGUUUCGACGCUGUCCAGUCUCCAUCGUUCUUUAUCCCAUGUGGCCACGACGGCUGCAAGGAUUGUGUCACGCGCUUAGUCGACAACUCUGCGGCCGCCAACCUGCAAGCUGGAGAUGAAAGCGACAAGGCUAAGUGCCCUGUGUGUCGUGGCACUUUUGACGGCAAGAAGUGCUUCACGUACGAAGCGUUUCGGAGCGUUCACAUGCCCGAAACUAUGGUCAAGCAAUCAGAGCCUGGCGUCGAGGACUCAUCCAGCGACGACGAUUCCAAGUCGGAGUCUGAGGUUGACACGGAGGAGGUUAACGCCAAGGGGAACUUGCGAGGUUUCGUCGUGGAGGAUGACGACUCGGACCACGUGGACCACGCCAAGUCGCAAGCCAACAAGGCUGACAAGACUCCCAAGAAGAACAAAAAGGAGGCAAUCAAGAAUCGGGAGGCGUACAAGCGAUAUAUGCGCUACCUGCGAAAGACGUGGAUGCCAGCGGCCAAAGUCACCGAGUGCAUGAACCUUCUCAAGAAGAUUCAAGAAACGGGAGAGAAGACCAUUGUCUUUUCUCAGUGGACCCUACUUCUGGAUUUACUACAGGUGGCCAUGUGGCAUGACAAGUUCAAGGACAAGCCGGAGCGGUACGAUGGCAGCAUGUCGGGCGAGGAUCGUGCCCGGGCUGCCAGAGACUUCCGGGACAGGGACAACGUCAAGGUCAUGCUGGUGUCUCUCCGAGCCGGGAAUGCGGGCUUGAACCUCGCGUCUGCCAACAAUGUCAUCAUCAUGGACCCUUUUUGGAAUCCAUACAUCGAGAUGCAGGCUGUGGACCGUGCGUACCGUAUCGGCCAGAAACUGGAGGUGAAAGUCUACCGCAUCCUCACCGAGGAGACGGUCGAGGACCGCAUCAUCGCGCUGCAAGAGCGCAAAAAGGCGAUUGUUGAGGCGGCACUGGACGAGACCGAGAGCAUGAAGAUUGGUCGCCUGAAUGUCAACGAACUCAAGUUCCUUUUCAACACGAGGGACUAG